AUGGCAUAUUUUCUGUCUAAAGUUCUAUCUGGAUUCUAUGAUUACAUAACGGUUCUCAAGUCUGGGGAUACCGAUCUUGCUAAGUCGAGUUGCAUCCUUCUGAUAUCAAUUUUGAUUUUUCUACACAGUGCAACUGCCCGAUUAGACAACAGAAACUUAUUACAAACGUAUGAAGAUGUUGCGGAAGAUCCUAUAAUUUCUGAGUCCUGUCAGGAAGCACUACAGCUCUACCUAGAAAAUUUAGAAUCGACUACAGAUAUGUGGGCUUUGAGAAUGUUCGACGCUUCCUCAAAAAUCCCCGUUGGAAUUCUCUCUUUGAAUUUUGGUGAAUUGGGCCAGUUUAGUCAGUGCCUGGGGACCGAAUCUAAGGACGGAUUUACUCAGGGAAAAUAUUGUUUAAGCUCAUUACCUUUGGAUUCGCUUAUGGGUACUGACGUAGAUGAUGAAACGGCUGACCUUGAAAAACGAGCUCAACGUCUUAGGAUGUUAUCUAGAAAUCUGGUAACCUUGGAAGGUACAUCUGGAGACAGUUCAGGACCUUUAGAAUUUGCAAUGACAUGGGCCAUAUGUCUUCCUAGUAAUUGCUCGGAUGAAGAUAUAAGAGAAAUUACCAAUCAAAUUACAGAUUCAGUGUCAGUAUCCGUAAGGUGCCAAACUAAGGACGACCUAAGUCCCUCUUUCACUGGCGGUGCCAUAGCAGCAAUUGUCGUGCUGUCGUAUUUUGCAUUCCUUAUGCUAGUGUCAACUGCCUUAGAUCUGUUCUACAACUAUAUGGAGAGAGAACCGCACUAUGCGAUCAUCCUAGCAUUUUCCGUGUACUCAAAUGGAGAAAAGCUUUUCCGAGUCAACAAAAACUCUACCGAACUAACAUGUUUAAAUGGAAUCAGGUUUCUCAGUAUAACAUGGGUGUUAAUAGGACAUGUCUAUACUAUGUACCUGGCAGCUCCAGUUGUGAAUUUUAUCGAUAUUUUAGAGUGGAUAGUUACCUUGAGAAGCUUGACUAUCACUAAUGGGACUCUAUCCGUCGAUACUUUUUUCUUCCUGUCUGGAUUGCUCGUUGUUUAUAGUUUCAUCAAAGCAAUGAACAACGGAGUAAAGUUUAACAUAUUUAAGUUUUAUCUCCACCGUUAUCUAAGGCUAACUCCUGCCCUAGCAGCAGCAGUGUUAUUUACAGCUCAUUUACUAAGAUAUGUUGGUGAAAGUCCUAGGUGGGACUCUAUAUCCUAUUUAGAAAAGGGAUGCCAAAGGUACUGGUGGACUGCAUUGCUUUACGUUCAAAAUUAUGUCAAUGAUGGUAUAUAUUGCCUUGACCAUACUUGGUAUCUAAGCAUAGACAUGCAACUAUACAUACUGUCUCCUUUGAUUUUACUACCGCUAUGGAAAUAUCCAAAGAUAGGAAUGAGCCUUAUUGGAGCCGGUAUACUAGCGUUUAUAAUAGUACCAUUUACUAUUGCUUACAUAUAUGAACUGCCAGGUUUGGCAUUGUCGGAUAUUAUGGACAUGAACGCUACAAGGGAUUAUAUGACACUGUACUAUAUGAAAACACAUACUAGAGCAGCACCUUGGUUUAUUGGAUUACUAGCAGGAUACAUUUUGGCUAGAAUAAAAUUCCAUGGUGAUUUGAAACUUCGCAACCUGAACAAGAUCCUAGUGUGUAUACUGUGGAUGGUAUGCAUAGCUGUCAUUUUAACAUGUAUUUAUGGAGGGCAUAGUACUUUAAGGGACCCAGAACACGACGUUUUGGCAAACAGCUUCUAUAUAGGAUUCGUUAGACCUGUAUGGGCCAUUUGUUUGUUAUGGGUGGUGUUUGCAUGUGCAAACGGAUACGGAGGUCCAAUAAAUUGGUUUUUAUCGUUCCCUUUCUAUCAAGUGCUAAACAGACUGACCUACAGCGUGUACAUAUUGCACUACCCAUUAAUGUUCAUAUACGCUUAUAUGUUUAAAACUGGAGUUUAUUUUAGCGAACUCAGAAUGAUGUACUCAUUUUGGGGUCUAACCAUGUUCAGUUUUAUAGCCGCGGUUGUGUGGGUUUUGGCUUUUGAAUCACCGAUUAUAAUUCUAGAGAAAUUUAUCUUCAGUUUUCCUAAAAAAUCGAAAAAUAUAGAACAUGAUGGUUUCCAUGCUUAAGCGAUUGGAUUAGUUAAGGAUUGUAAUAAGUACUUCUCCAAUUGAUUAAAUUGGGUACUUAAAUUAUUACUUACUUAAGUAAAGUGAUAUAUAUUUAUUUAUAUGAUAUAGGUAUUUAUAUAAGGAAUCUCUUA